AUGGCAGCUGGAUGUCGCAACCAAACGGGGGGUCGACACUUCGCCCACUGGCUGAGAAUCACCGUCUGGUCCCUGUGCACCAAAGCCGUGUCUUACAUCAAAUAUCCUAAAGCAUGUCAGAAGGGUAUAGAUUUCAGCAGAGAUGGCUGCUAUAUGGCCUUAGCUGAACGCCGUGACUGUAAAGACUACGUUAGCGUGUUUGUGUGUGACGACUGGCACUUGCUCAGGCAUUUUGAGACAGAGACACAGGACCUGACGGGCUUAGAGUGGUCUCCGAAUGGCUGCGUGUUGGCAGUGUGGGACAGCUGCCUGGAGUACAAGGUGUUGCUGUAUUCUUUGGAUGGCCGCUUGCUGUCGACCUUCAGUGCCUACGAGUGGUCGCUUGGUGUCAAAUCUGUCACCUGGAGCCCCAGUAGCCAGUUCCUGGCUAUCGGCAGCUACGAUGAAAAAGUCCGUAUCCUCAAUCACAUCACAUGGAAGAAAAUUGCCCAGUUUGAUCAUCCGACAACAAUCAACAACACAAAAGCUGUCCUGUAUAAGGAAGUGGAGAGACGAGCACCCGUGGGCAGGGACGAGCUGUCUUUACAUGACAUCACAGCAGGCGGCGCCUUCAUCAGCUCCCAGAGCAAAUAUGAGAUCUGUGCACCACCAGUCCAGAUACCUGUGGUCAAACCAGAUCCAGACCGAGCCAACCCCAAGAUUGGCGUCUCUUGUCUGGCCUUCAGCGCAGACAGUCGCUACCUCGCCACCAAAAACGACAGCAUGGCCUCUGUUCUGUGGGUGUGGGAAAUGCAGAAGAGCAGCCUGGAGGCUGUGCUGGAGCACACCGCAGCCGUCCGGUGCUUUCAGUGGGACCCUCGCCGGCCCCGACUCGCACUGUGCACUGGCAACUCCAAGCUGUACCUCUGGUCGCCAACUGGCUGCGUUUGUGUUCCAGUCCCCACUGAAAAUGGUUUUCAGGUCCAGUCCUUGAUCUGGCACUGCGGCGGGGACUCUCUGAUUCUGCUGGGAAAGGAUCAUCUGUGUGUCUGCUUCAUGGACACACAGGACAAGAGUAACUGAGUGAAAUUUAUUUAUUUUUUUAUUAUUUCACAUUUCCACCCAAACAGGGAACAGGACUGGAUUCAGUUUUUUUUAAUAUGUAAACACACACACUCCUUUGUAAAUUUACACUGAGUUUUCAGCUGAAGAUCAAACUCUAGCUCCUUGCUGUUUAUGGCACUCGGUGCUGGUUACUGAGACAUUUUGUCCUGAUUUAAAAAAAAAAAAAAAAAAGUGAUGUUCCUCCAAAAA